AUGGCAAUGAUCAAGCAAGAGUUCUUUUAACCCUCCUCAGAGGCCAGUAUCAAGUCUUCUACGGUGUAGAGGCGACGCUCAUCCUGGAACACGAGCCGCUGCUCCCCCAUUUCCGAUCAAUAAACUCCCUUUGUAUCCAGCUUCCCAAGAUGGCAGUACCGGACCAGACCAUCAUUUACAAGAGGCUCGGCUCUCUCGAGAUCCCUAUGGAUCUCUACCUGCCAAAGAAUGCACACAAGGCGCCUAUCUUGCUAUGGUUCCAUGGUGGCGGGCUGCUGUAGGGCCUCUUCCAUCACCUCUGGAUUUCCUUCUCCAAGAAAUAAUUGCAGAACUCAGCUGACCGAGCUUCUUAGGCUGGGACGACGCGAUCUCCUCGCGCCGCACAUGCGCAAUGGUGUCCACACCCACGGCUAUGCCUGCGUCUCGGCCGACUACCGUCUCUGUCCGCAGGUCAGCGUCGAGGAAGUCUUCAAAGAUGUCCAAGACUGCAUCAAGUUCAUCCGGACGGAGCUUCCCUCACACGUUCCCGAAGGCGCCUUGGACGUGUCUCGGCUAGCAGUCUCCGGCAGCUCUGCGGGCGGCUUUCUGACCCUCCUGGCGGGCCUCUACGUGGAGCCGAAGCCUCAGGUCCUCAUACCGAUCUACCCGAUCACAGACCCUCUGGGCGUCUUUUUCACCAAUCCCCAACCUGCACCACCGGGCCGCUAUGCUGCUUCGAAGGAGGAAAUGGCGGAGUUCCUUGAUACCACAGCCGAGCCGGUCACCAGCGCCGCCAAAGUCCCCCACCCUCGAGCCCACAUGUAUGUCUACAUGCUACGAGCGGCGAAUUUGGCCGAGCUAUGGGGGAUUCCGGACGCCAAAAGUGCCGCCCCGUACAGGAUCUCGCGCAACAUCCAGAAGCACCGUUUACCGCCGGCUUACGUGAUACACGGAGACAUGGAUACCGCGGUAGGUGUCGAGCAGGCGGAUGAAGUUGUUGGCGCCAUGCUGGGCUGCGGGUUGACUGUAGAGUACGAACGUCCGCAUGGAAAGGACCAUUUUCUGGACAACGGAGACGACUAUGAAAACUCGGCGAUGUAUGCUUUCAUGAAGAAAUACCUAUGAGUACUAGGAUUCGCAAGUAGGGCCGAUGGAAUUCACAUAAACUGGCUAGUAUUUUGAAGAGAGUCCCAUUUUAUGGUGUCGGUUUUGGGCUCUUGUCUUUACUGUCGGUCCUGUCAACAUGAC